AUGCCGGUGCCGACGGCGAGCCUCGAGGAGUCACUCCUCCGCUGGCGCGCGGAGCUGCACGCAGACAUGGCGCGACUGGAGGCGCGGCUCAAGGUGCUCGAGAGGCGCCUACCGGACGAACCGGAGCUUUGGUCACCGAAGCCUGUGGCUUUGGAAGGCAACAAUCUGACGAACGAGGCUCUGGAGGAUGCCUUGCAGUUCCAGGUUGCCGUUUUCGACGAGGCCGAGCCCAAAGUCGCACCGGGGAACGCCCCAGAACCUGGGCCCUCUCCAGAGCCGGAAGCCGCGCACGAAGAGGAGGGCCUUGUCUACUUUGGUUCAAGUGCCUGGACGUUCCCAGUGGUCAUCGGCCUAGCACCGGCUGGCUGUUGGGAUGUCACGUUUGCCGUCCUGCUGUUGCUGUUGAAUCUGGGCAUGCAGGCCAUGUUCUCGUACAUCAUCCUGAGCGAGGAUUUCAUGGGCCCCGAUUUCGCCUCGCAGGUGCUGGAUGCGAAACGCUGGCGCACCAGCAUUGCACACGACCACAAGUACCUGGACCUCGCUGGCACCAGCUUGGUCUCCCGGGUCUGUGGCCUGGAUGGAUCUCUGAUCUUGUCCACGAAUCAGGCGAAUUUGGUGGGCGACAUCAACAGCUUCCUGGGCUUGCAGGUGGGCCAGUUCUCCCCGGAUGCUUUCCAGCCAGGGGUGCUGCUUUGCAUGCUUUGCAUUCUGCUCUGGAGCCUGUGUGUCUACAAGGAGCUUCGAAGUGUCGGGCACACCUUGGAGGCGUUGCUUCAGAUCCCGCGCGCCAAGCGCUCGAUCUUCCGGGAAAACAUACUGCAGGGCCUGUCCAAGGGCCGCCUGAAGUUGCUGCUCUUUACCUUGCUGGUGCGUACCUUGAUCGCUUCCGUGCUGCUGGUGAGCGGGAUACAGUGGCUUGCCAAGACCACCUCCAUCACCGAGCUGAUGCUCAACGCGGUGGCGCUCAACGCCAUCCUCGACAUCGACGAGUUCCUGUUUGCUGGCUUCACCCCCGUCUCCAUCCAGCUGGCCGUGGAUAGACUGGAGCCCUGCAAAGUCAAGUACACCUCCAGGCGCAGCCAGGUGGAAUCCGGUUUUCUAUUCGCCCUGCUGGCGGGCACUGUGCUGAUGCCCUACUUCUUCCUGUUGGAACCGCAGGGCGAGCUAAUGCUGGCCACAAAGAUGGAGAUGUGUGGCGGGAACCAAACUUUUGUGGUUGGCCAAAACCAGGACACGCAAAUAAUCGUCGGCUUCAAUACAGAGCUGGGUCAUGAUCCAAGCCAAGCCAGCGCGCUGGAGAAAUCGGUCCAACAGCACAUUUGGGCAAGUGACCACCUUGACGGUUACAUCUCCUUCGCUGCGACCAAAUUUGAUUUCAGCCGGGAUCUUUCCUCGACAAUGCUAGCGGAAGCUGGGCAGUGGGCCGCCAUUUGCCCUGAAAAAGAGGUUUUGACACCGGGAGGAAUCCUGUACCAGGACCCCUGGGUCACUGGGAUGAUCGUAAGCCGCCUGCGCGCUGCCGCGCUCAGCCUGGGCCACACUCAAGGUGCGGAAACCUGUGCAGAGCUGGCUCAUCUCUGCGACAUGCCAAACGCGCGGUUGCUGCGCCUGAUUUGCGGCGUCACGUGCCGCUGCACGGACCCUGCGUCACUGCCUUGGUUCAAGACCACGCAACAAGGUUGCGCCGACUCAUGCACGGCGAUUGCCAAGGCCGAGUUGAGUUCCGCGCCGUGCCAGGACAAUGGCCAAGAUGAGUUUUGGCUGCGCCUGUGGGACAGCUACAUGCCAUCGUUUUCGGCAGUCUACAACUCUAACAUCACCGAGGGCGUUCUGGGCCCGACGCUGAUCAACAUCACCCGGGCGAUGAAAGAAGUGGGUUGCCCGGCCUUGACGAUGCCAGCUUUGGCCAACGAGGUGGCCACCGGGGCGCUUUGGUGCCAGGGCCACCCGCCAAUCUUCCGGCCCCUCGUGCACGAGGCACAUGGCCAGAUGAAGAGCACGCACGAGGAGCACUGUGCAGAGUUGGAGCAACGUCUCUCCCAGGUGCAUGAGGCACAUGGCCAGAUGAAGAGCGUGCACGAGGAGCACCGUGCAGACUUAGAGCAACGGCUCUCGCAGGUGCAUGAUGCGCAUGGCCAGAUGAAGGCCGCCCACGAGGACCUGGGCCUGCGGCUGGCUGGGCUGCACACGGCGCACCAGGAGCAAGUUCUGGCAGGGCAGCAGGCCCUCGGCGCCCUGCAGGAGGCCACCACCAACGAGCUGCAACAGCACAGCUUGCAGCUCAGGAGCCAUUACAGCAAGUGGGAGGCGCACCGAGCCUCUUUGGAGGAGCGUCUUGAGAACAUCGAGGGGGUCAUGAUGGAGUUCUGCGAGAAGCAGAGCAACGAGCUGGAGAUCGCCCAGCGGAGCUUGUCAGAGGUGCAGCUGGAGCAACAGACCUGGCACCGGGAAAAGGACUCGCUGUGA